AUGGCACCUGCCCUUGAUCUGGAGCUUCGGGAGCUUCUGGAGAAGUUGCACAGGGAGGUGAUACAACGCUUCGACAAGCAGGAAGACCUGAUUCGGCGAGAGCAUCUCCGGCGACCCGACGUGAUCUCACUUGCGAGAUCACACUCGCCCCCGUCGGGGCCCCAAUCACCCCUUUCAGCGCCUCAAUCGCCUCGGCUCUCUCCAGUCCGGGAAAUGCAGGAGGAAUCCGAGACUUCGACAACGAAGCCUCGAAGGUCGAAGUAUUCGCAGAGUGCGGACAAGCCCCACCGGCCUUCCUAUCGGCCCUAUUUCCACACUUUCACGCAGGCGGAUUUGGCUUUGAAGCAGCGAGCUGCUGAUGUGGACAGCAAGCGAACGCGGCGCCUUUUUCAGGCCAAGAGCUCCCUGGAAGGUAUCGAGCACGACGAGAGGCGCAGGGGUCUUCAACGGCUGAUUGACCACGCGGCAUUCGAUGGAUUCUUCGCGCUUCUUGUGGUGACGAACACGAUCUUCAUCGGCAUUGAGGUUCAGGAGACGAUGUCCAAUACGGGUGUCCGACCUACGAUCUUCUACGUGGUGCAGUAUAUCUACACCGCCUUGUUCACCAUUGAGCUGAUCCUGCGAGUUGCGGCUGAAGGGUACCGACUAUUUCUCGACGAGGAGUGGAUGUGGGCCUGGUUGGAUCUGGUGGUGGUCGCAAGCAGCGUUGCCGAGGUGGGCUUCAACAUCGUUGAAUCACAGGGUGGGACGGACAUGACCCCGGGCCUGAUUGGCAGAUAUUACAUCAGUUGCUGA